CUUGCUGUUUGCUGUUGGCUGCUGUUGGCCCGGUCCGGACGGAUUGCAUUGCUUGGGCUGCCUAUUUUCGUUUAUCUCGGCUUUAUAAUUAUUAUCAUAAAUGACUAUUUCUAUUUGACACUUAAAUAUCAGUAAUUCGGAGGAGAUAAUCAUCGUUCAGUCAGGACUUCGAUCUUUAGGUGCAUGCGGCAGAUCCCAUGGAGCUGCAGGCAUUGCUAGUGCUAUGUGGUGUGGGGGUGGUAGUAGUGGCUGUGCUGCUGCUGAUGGGGCUGUUCUCAGCCUCGGGCACCAGCUACGAGGAGGCCAUUGCUCAGCAGCGCCGGGCCACCACUGAGCUGCUGGCUCUGGCUGAAAACAAGAACAAACCUAAGAAAAGCAACAAGAAAGCCAUUAAAAAGCUAGCACGGAAGGAGAAGAAUAAGGAAAAUGCUGUGACUACUGGCAGUGAGGUGGAGAGUGAGGCGCCGGCCGAGAGUGGUGUAGAUGAAGACACUGUGCCUCCGGCCAAGCCUCAUGUUGAGUUCUGUCCCCCUGUUGUUGUAGAUGUUCCUAGGGAUACUCCACCCAAUGUGAAGAUUCGCAAACGCGGCAAGGAUCCUAAAGUAAAGCCGAUACUGAUAAACAAAGAGGAUCCAAGCUGCAUUAGUGAUCCGAGCACGCCGCCCUCCCCUACCGGCUCCGUCUCCAACCACUUUGAGGAGAUCCAUCCCAAGGAUGAGUUUGAGCUCUUGCAAUCCUCUCUCGCCGCCGAAAAAAGUCCCGAGAAGAGAGAAGAAGUGGUUGAGAAGAAGGAGAAGCCCGCGAAGGCAGCGAAGGCCGGUAAAGGCAAGCAGCCGGCGCCGGCGCCCGAGCCCGCCAAGGAGGAGCGCGAGCGCCACAACAGCGGCGAGCCGCCCAAAGAACAACGCAAGGGUAAAAAGGACAAAAAACAAGUGGAAGACGAGGCCCGAGCGGAGGUGAUCCCCCCGCUGAACGUGCCGCAGCCCAGCGAGCUCACCACCGACAAGCUGCUCAAGCAGGCGCUGGCCGCCGCCUCCCCCGCGCCCGCGCCCACCCCCGCCGCCACCCCCGCGCCCGCCCCCGCCCCCGCCGGCAAGAACAAGAAGAAGAAGCCCGAGCCUAAUGUGCUGUCGCUCAUGGCAGCCGGCGACGGCGGCGGCGUGAACGUCGGCGAGCUGGUCCGCGUGGUGCGCGACGCGGCGCUCUCCCGCACCGAGAUACAGAUCCUGACCGACGCGCUGCUCAACAAGCACCACGACCCGCUGCCGCAGCACUCCGAGUGGACCGAGGGACCUAACGACCCAAUGCAGAAGCUGAAGAAGCAACUCGCCGACAAGGAGAAAGCUCUGGCCGACGAAGUCGAGGCUUCGCAAGCCCUGCACGCCAAACUGAAGGAAUUGAGGGCAACACUGAACGCCGAGCGCGGGCGCGUGACGGCGGCGACGCGCGCGCACGAGCAGGCGGCCGAGGCGGCGCGCGCCGAGAUACACACGCACCAGACGCGCGUCAAGCGGCUCGCCGAGGACAACCACCAGCUCCAGCAGGAGAACAGGCUCCUUCAAUCUAAACUCGCCGCGGAGGGUGAAUUCCAACAACAGAGAGCACAGAUGGAGAUGCACAUACAGCAACUUUCUGAGGCGGAGGCGGCGCUGGUGGCGCAGCUGCAGACGCUGCAGUCGGAGCUGGCGGCGCGCGCGCUGGAGGUGGCGGGCGCGCGCUGCGACGCGGGCGCGGCGCGCGACGCCGCCAUCAUGGCGCAGCAGCACGCCGCCGAGCUCGCGCAGCAGCUCGACCAGCUCUCCCGGGACCACGCCCGAGCCAUGCAGGAGCGGCAACUCGCGCAGCAGCUCGACCAGCUCUCCCGGGACCACGCCCGAGCCAUGCAGGAGCGGCAAGCCGGUAUGUGUUAUCUCCAGAACAACGUGCAAAGGCUCAUGAGCCGCGCUCAGUUCGCCGAGGGCAACUUGGACAAGCAGAAGGAGGAGGCAGACGCACAAAUCAAACAGCUCUCAAGCGAACUGGCGUCGCUGAGAGAGCAGCUGGCGGCGCGCGAGGCCGAGCUGGCCGAGGCCAAGCAGAUGAAGGCCGCACCCGCGUCCGCGCCUGCGCCCGCGCAGAACGGACUGCCCAACGACCAGCAUAAGGCAAGUUCUGCGGAUCUGGCGAAGGUGGAGAGCGUAGUGGAAGCGCUGCGCGGCUCGCUGAACGCGGAGCAGCGCGCCAACAAGGAGCAGAAGGAGGCGCUCGCGCAGCUGCAGGACCAGCUGCGCGCCUACCAGGAGAAGAACAAUGAGUUGCGAACUAAAAACUGGAAAGUAAUGGAGGCUUUACAAACUGCCGAAAAGGCUCUCCAGGCGAAGUCGGGCAGCGCGUUGCCGGCCCCAGACCCUCGCGAGGCGGCGGUGGCGGCGACGGCGGCGGCCUACGCGGAGGCGGCGAGCGUGCUGCGCGGCGCGCUGCCGGCUGCGGCGCCGUCGGGGCCCGCGGGCAAGGCCUGGGUGCUGCAGUUCACCGAUAACCUUAAGAAGGAGCUGCAGAAGGCGGCGUCCGCUUCCGCUCCCUCCCCCGCCCCCGCGCCCGCGCCGGACGCGCGCGUGGCGGAGCUGCGCGCGCAGAAUGACCAGCUGCAAGGGCUCGUAGACAAAUACAAGAAGAUCAUUGAUGACACGGAGGGUGUGCUGAGCCAGCUCCAAGCCAACGUGACGCGAGAGGAAGCGAGCUGGGCGCGUCAGCUCGCCGACAAGCAGCACGAGCUGGACUCGCUGCGGCAGCACACGCUCACGCAGGAACCAUUGGCGUUCGCAUAUUCCUGCAUUGAGAAAACGUUGCCAAGCAUCAUCGAGGAGAUGCAGAAGAAGAUAGACAGCCUACAGGCUGAGCUGCAGCAGAAGCAAGCUGCCAACCACAACCACAGCUUCGCGGACUCGGAGCGGCUCACAGAGGAGAGAUUACUGACUGCUGGUUUGUCAGAAAAAUACAAAACAGACGUGUGCAAUGGCCCCUUGCAGGUGGGCUUAGAAGAAAAAUAACAUUUAAAAAAUACAUAUUUAUAUGGAGAAGUGUUGCGGUAUCAUUCCGGGCGGCGCCGUGCGCGGUAACGGCCCGCGCCUCACAAGUCGCGAGCGCCGCUGCCUGCCGGCCCGGCCCACGGCUGCCGGCCCACUCCGCGCCCG